AUGGAUGCCCGCGACGCUGGUUUGGAAGAAAUCGCGAACCGGUCAGACAUACAAGGGGGGGCUGUCUUCCACCAUCCAUCACAAGAUCGUUCGGAUCUAACAGAAAAUGUAGGGGGGUUUCGAUCGGAUGGUAUGGGCAGCCACACGAUGCGUCUGCCUUCUGUUCCAUCUUCGCCGCGCUGUGUUUCUUCCUUUCCGUCAUGGGCACGUGCGUCUUCCCCCUCAUCGGUGCGGCAGCUUCAUCCUGCCUUUCGAGGCCCACCCUCGUGUUUCCCUUCCUUCGCGGUAACUCUUUUGCGAGCCAGUUCACCGGUCUCGUUGUCUGUGUCUUUUGUGCCCGGCGACGCCGCCUGUAAAGCGCGUGCCCGCGAAGCGUCUCACGGGCUUCCUUUGUCUGACGGCCUCGAUCCUCCGAACGCACUCGGCGCCAAGAGAAGGCCAGGCGAGCACGAAGAAUCCUUCCAAGUCUCGGACACUUCUGGAAAAGCGCCACCAAAGAGCGGAAAGCCUCAGGAAGAACUCGCCGAGACGGCGACUGCCUCAACAGGAUCAGGUGAGAAAGUGUGGCGCGCUUCAACCCACGAGGGAUCGGAUGGGAUUUGCGACAAGGUCGGAGUGCCACCACCUUCCACUAGCGAGGAAAUGCGAAACAAAACUAGAAGAACGGACCGAGAGGAGCGGGGGGCUUCGGGAACCGUGGAGAACGCAACGUUGGUUGCGCAUGCACGCUGCCACAAGCGACGGCGAGACGAACAAGAAGAGCAACAGGAUGCGUCCGGAACUCGACAAGAAGUUCGUGCUGCAGACCCUGCAUGGGCGAACAAAGUACGGGCACGAGAAGGACAGGGGGACGAGCGGAAAGACGCGGGGGAUGCAGGCCACGAUGACGACUCCGAGAGCGUUGUCUCUUCUUGCUCGGACGAGAAUACGGAGAGACAGAAGGCUUCCCUUUCUGCCAUCGACUCUGCGUCCUCGCUUUCCGGUCCCUCCCUUCUGUCUUGUGGCGUCCCGGGUUCCUCGCUAUGUUUAAUCCUAAAUGAAAGAGCCCAGAAGCAAGAGAAAGGGCCACGCCAAAGAGGAAAGGCCGAAGCCGGCGAAGAUGCGGAUGCCGUCAAAGAAAGAACGGAAAAGCCGGAACCGAAAGACGGCAGUAAGGGAGGAAAAGAAACAGAAGGAAGGGAAGAUGACGAAGAAGCCGAAGAAACACUUUUCGAGUUCGAUGAGGAUGAUCUGUGGUUUCUCCUCUAUGAGCGGCACCGGCACGAGAGUGACAGAAGCAAUACGGUGGCUAUGGACUCGACAGAAUCCCACAAUCUCCCUGCUGAGACGCAACUGUCGGAAGAGCUGAAAGCCGCCGUGACAGAUUCCCUGGCGAAGCAAAUCCUCUAUUCCGACAAGUAUCAGGAUUCAGCUUACGAGUACAGAGCGGUAACUCUGCCGCUGCAACACCCGUUUCUCUCUCGCGCUCUGUCCCCGCUCGCCGACGCCAUCCGACGAGAGCGGAGACGAAUGUCGGAGAAACUUUGGAGGUCGUUGGGAGUCAGAAUGAGUUGCGGGUGGCGUCACUGGGGGUGGAGUAUGUACGAGCCUAACGUCCUCUUCUUCGCCAGGCCGAAGUGGACUGACGGCAUUACCGGCAUCCCUCCGAAAUCUGCCGCAUUCGCCGCAAAGCGGCACGACCGCAUGCGCGACUUGCUGGCCCAGGAAGUGGCGAAGGGGAUGAACAUCGUCUCUAGGGCCGUUCGCUUGUCCCGCAUGGCGACACAAGACUGUCACUUGAUGACCGACACAGAAGACGAUGGGAGCUCAUCUCCGAUAUGUAGUCUGUAUCAAGCCUGCUUGCAGUAA